UGACUAGUUGUCGAGAACCCCUAAAUUGGCAGCUUACAUCAAUUUCGCAAUCACGUCAUCGCCCCCGACACAAAGGCGCAGACUCUCAAGUAACUGAUGAAUGUUCUGGACGUAGCGUGAUUAGGGAUUUAUAAGGAUUCUUGUAACCUGGUAGAGUGCCUAGGUAGGUAAUAUGGAAGAGUCCGAAUCUUUGCUUCCGCACUCUGGCGAAGACGAGCAAUUAUCAGAAAUAGGAGCAAAGAUGGACGGCACCACGCUGGGUAAGAUUCGUGCCUACUGGCUGGGAUCCGUCGUCUGUAUGGGCGGGUUUUUGUUUGGAUACGACAGUGGAAUCGUUGGCGGCGUCUUGACGAUGGCCUCAUUUAAAUCUGACUACCGUUAUGGAAGCACUGACCAAACGUACACCAACUCGCUCGCAGUGGGCCUCCAACAACUCGGCGGCUUUCUAGCUUGUUUCCUCGCCUGGCCCCUGACUGAUAAACUAGGGCGAAAGAAGUCGCUGAUGAUCUCUUCCUUCGUCUUCUGCAUUGGAGCCUUAAUCCAAACAAUCAAUACUCAUUCACUGCCCGCCUUCUACGUCGCCAGAUUGAUUGCUGGGCUCGGUCUUGGCGCCGCCACGGUCGCCGUACCGAUGUUCAACAGCGAGAUGAUGCCCAAGGAGAUGCGUGGACAGGUUGGGUCGUUCUUUCAGUGGUUCUACACGUUUGGAAUAUUUGCUUCGUACUGGGUCGACUAUGGCGUAGCCAGAGGCAUCGCAUCCACGAAUCCAGCACAAUGGCAAAUUCCGAUCGGUCUUCAGCUAGUCCCUGCAGCAUUCCUUGGCUUGGGAAUGUUCACAAUACCAGAGAGUACACGAUGGCUCACCAAAAAGGGCAAGCACGAAGAAGCUUGGAGAAGUCUUCAGUGGAUUCGAGCUGGCAGCUCCGACGCAACGGUUACUGAGAUGGAAGAGAUUCGAGCUGGAGUCGUGGCUGAGGAAAUGGCCACUGAGGGUUUUAGACUACGAGAGUUACUUGAAAGGGAGAACUUCAAACGAGUAUUUGCCGCAUUCGCAGUAUUCACAGCACAACAGGCUACGGGUGCAACUGCGUUUGCUUACUUUGGACCGCAGUACUUUAGUCUCAUUGUUGGUAGUGGCGAGCAAAGCCUCCUCUUAACCGCCAUCUUCGGCGCAGUGAAGGUGGUGGCUUGCGGUAUCUUUGUGCUAUUCUUUUCAGAGCGACUUUCCCGUCGUGAAGUUCUCAUUGGCGGCGCUGCCUUUAUGGCCGUAUGCCAUAUCACUACUGCAGUCGUCGUUAAACAUUUCCCUGCACCGAGUGAGGGGGGCCACACAGUACCGCCCUCAGGGAUAGCUACUAUAGCCUUAAUUUAUCUGUUUGUCAUUGCUUACAACUUUAGUUGGGGGCCUUUGCCAUGGCCUUAUGUUUCAGAAAUCUUCCCUGCAAGAAUCCGAGAACCUGGUGUGGCCGUAGGUGUCGCUUCACAGUGGUUGUUCAAUUUUGUAUUCUCGUUGACAACUCCGUACAUGAUCUCUUCAAUGGGUUGGGGGACAUUCUUGUUAUGGGGUAUAUUCGAUGCUAUUAUCGCCGUCGUCGCGUUCGCUUUUCUGAAGGAGACCAGAGGCCUGUCACUUGAGGCCAUCGCGCAUCAACGUUUCAAGGCUAGUAGCUCUCACGGAUUUGGGUAAAAACACGCAUGGGGGACAUCGGGAAGCGUAGACAAUUCUCAAUUCUUUAAAUACUUACCACAAAGAGGAAACUCGCUUUAAUUUUAAUAUGCUUUCUUAAAAUCA